AAAGUGCUGCAUAGAGGAGGCGAAAGGGAGGAGAGAUUGUCCAAGGCGCGCAUUUAAGGAAGGCGCUGAUUAAUCUCACUUUUUUUUUAGGGAUUCAUGUCAAACACCACCAACCUUUAUCACAUUAUACUAGCUCAUCUUCAACACAUUCAUCGUUGAAUUUUAGUUCAUCUUACUCUUUUUCGUUGGAGAGCACCUGCCCCGAGGAUACAGCGGUACAUCCGUCUCCUCACUGCGGGAUCGGGAGUUGGACUAUCCAGCUGCGCAGGAGGAGAGCUCCCCUGCGAAACGCGUCAUGGGAUACGGGAGAAUCAAUGCCGCUAUUUGCAUCCACACCUGAGGGAUUUCUGGAUUAUCACCACGGUUUAUUGUGUUCAGAAUAUUAACACACUUUGAUCUAGAAACUUUUUUAGUCAGUCAGCUGGAUUUAUAAGUCUCAUUUACGGACUCCGUCACUUUGUUUUUAUCACGUUUUGGAUUGGAGAGUUGGCGGGAUGGUCUCAUCCGACUACUUCAAGCUGCUCGUUGUCAUCUUUUGGUGUUCAUCACUCACAAAUGGACAUUUGGAGAGAGAGCAGCCACCUAAGAUUAUGCCCGCAGAAAAUCCCCUCGUUCUACAUAAGGAUGAUUCAUUGAGUCUCAUAUGCAGAGGUCAUGGCCUGGUGCAGUGGGCUCUUGCUAAUUCCAAUCGAUCGGAGGGAGUUACGGUGGAGCAGUGUGAUUCCAGACGUCAGUCACACUCACACUGCAGCAAACUGACAGUCACACACUUGAGAGCUGCUGACACAGGGAGGUACAGCUGUCAGUACUCAAGAGAUGGUUCUGACCAUAACACCUCCACAUAUGUCUAUGUCAAAGAUGACAAUGAACCGUUUGUAAAACCACCCCAUCCAAGUCCUGGAAUCCUGUUCACCUACUUGAAUGAGACCAGCCUCGUGAUCCCCUGCAGGACGUCUUCUCCUGAAAUCGUUGUAAAACUGAUAGCGCUCCCACCUAUAUUAGAGAGGAAUGUAAAGGAAGUGGUAUGGGAUCCAGAGGUGGGAUUCAAGAUUCCCUAUGGCUCCUCCAUUGGGUAUCAUCUACUCACCUGUAACACCAGAGUCAACGGUCAGGAGCACAAUUCAGUGUACUUCCCAAAGAGACUGACUCGUACUCUUGAACAUGUUAAAAUCACUCCUGAGCGUGUCAGAGUGUUGGUUGGAGACACUCUCCGACUCAACUGUUCUGCAGUGACAUCGUUUGACGGAAGAGUGGAAUUCACAUGGGAUUUUCCCAAGAGUGGAGAAAACAGACACAAAGAAAUCAAGACCAAAGGUAAAGCUGCUUUAAGUACUGGGGUGAGCAACACUUUAGUCCUGGAAAAUAUUACAAUGGAAGAUAAAGGGAAGUACCACUGCAAAGCUGAGCUUCAACCUCCAAUACAGAAGACUGUCUUGGCAAAAGUCAUUGUCUAUGAGCAUCCAUUCCUUAAUAUCUCCUACAGACAUGAGAGGCAGAGUAGAGUGUCUGUCGAAGAAGGUAGAAAGAAACUUGUGUUUGAGCCAAAGGUCUUCGCUCUACCACAACCAGACAUGGUAGCAUGGUACAAGGAUGGGGUUCUUAUCAUGAAGAAUUCCACCUGUUACAAUGUGGCUAAUUACAACUUAAUCAUCUCAGAUGUGCAGGAGAAGCAUGCGGGAGUCUUCACCAUAAGCCUUGGCAACCAAGCGAAGGGCUUGCACAGGAAUCUGAGCUACACUCUGGUAGUCGACAUGAAGCCUACUAUUUCAGAGGGGGAGCUCGCCAACGGGGACGUGCAGCCAUACAUGUUUGGAAAACAGCAUCAACUAACCUGCACAGCUUCCGGGACGCCCUUGCCAAAUAUCACUUGGUUCUGGCAACCUUGUCGCUCAGAACCUGCUUCUAAAGACUGCAUUGACAUCAAUCCAAUACAGGUCAAAGUUGAUAACAGGGUGACUUAUCCCCACAACCUGAUUAAGAGCAUAAUCGUCAAGCCUGAACUGGUCAAAGGCAAAAACAAGACUGUGAGCAACCUGGUGAUAGGCGAGGCUCAUGCAUCAGGAAAAUACUCCUGUGUGGCACAGAAUAAAUAUGGCAGCAGUACAUUGAUGAUCCUUUUUUACAUUGAAGAUCAACCUGAGGAAAUCGCCAUUGAACCUCGGACAGCCAUUGAGGGAGAUGACAUCAAUCUGACCUGUCGGGCAGCUCGCUACCUCUACACAGACCUGCAGUGGUUGGAUUCCAAGAAUCGAACAAUCACUUCCAACGUGUCCAGUCUGCAGUUCAGCCGCUUCUCAAUUUCUCUUUCUCUCCGUCUGCAUAAUGUGACUCAAAACAGCACUUCUGGUUACACGUGCCGUGGAGUGAAGCUGCACAAGAGAGCUGGACUCAAAUCAGCUAAACUAACUGUGGAUGCGAGGAAGCGCCCCUGGCUGAGUCAAAAUCUGACUAAUCAAGAUGUGAACAGUAGCAGCACCCUGAUGCUGGCCUGCUUCGCUCUUGGCGUUCCUCGUCCCUACAUCUUGUGGUACAAAAAUGGCGUUCCAGUGGAGGAAGGACCAGGUAUCUCUCUUGGAGAAGACGGAGUCCUGACCAUUGAGAGGGUGAAGAAAGAUGAUGAAGGUCUGUACGAGUGUGUAGCCAGCAACGUGGAGGGCAUGGCAAAAACAAGUGCUGUUGUCACUGUGCUCGGCGACGAAGGGAAGCCAAACGUUGAGGUAAUCAUUUUGGUGUGCACGGGGGCUGCAGCCACGUUCCUUUGGCUCAUGCUUAUCCUCUUCAUCCGCAAGCUGAGGAAGCAACCAGCACAUUAUAAGAUGGGUCCGUCCAUCAUCAUUGACCCUGACGAGUGUCCCCUGGACGAGCAGAAUGAUCUUCUUCAGUAUGACAGCAGCAAAUGGGAGUUUCCCCGUGACCGCCUGCGACUAGGCAAAACUCUUGGACACGGAGCUUUUGGGAAAGUAGUGGAGGCUUCUGCCUUUGGGAUCGACAAGCUCUCCACAUGCAAGACUGUUGCUGUCAAAAUGCUGAAAGGAGGAGCUACAUCAAAUGAGCGGAAAGCUCUGAUGUCAGAGUUAAAGAUCCUGAUUCACAUUGGCCAUCACCUGAACGUGGUCAACCUGCUGGGGGCCUGCACCAAGCCUGGAGGCCCCUUGAUGAUGAUUGUGGAGUUUUGCAAAUAUGGCAACUUGUCCAACUAUUUGAGAAGCAAGAGAGAGGACUUCAUCGUCUACAAGAGCCAGGAGGGUAAGGUGGUGUCGUCAGGAUCGGGCUGCGAGCUGAGCGAGCUGAUGAAGCGCCGCCUGGAGAGUGUGGCCAGCACCGGAAGCUCUGCCAGCUCUGGCUUCAUAGAAGAUAAGAGCUACUGCGACUCGGAGGAAGAGGAAGAAGAAUCUGAGGAUUUAUAUAAGAGAGUCCUGACAUUGGAAGAUUUAAUUUGCUACAGCUUCCAAGUUGCAAAAGGCAUGGAGUUCUUGGCUUCACGCAAGUGCAUUCACCGUGAUUUGGCUGCACGAAACAUCCUGCUUUCUGAGAAUAAUGUUGUGAAGAUUUGUGACUUUGGUCUUGCCAGAGACAUCUACAAAGACCCAGACUACGUGCGCAAAGGAGAUGCGAGGCUGCCGCUGAAGUGGAUGGCACCUGAGGCCAUUUUUGACAAAGUCUACACAACUCAGAGUGAUGUCUGGUCCUUUGGUGUUCUCAUGUGGGAGAUCUUCUCUUUGGGCGCCUCCCCGUACCCUGGCGUCCAAAUCGAUGAAGAAUUUUGCUGCCGGCUGAAGGAGGGGACCAGGAUGAGAGCGCCAGAAUAUUCUUCCUCUGAAAUAUAUCAGACUAUGUUGGACUGCUGGCAAGGAGAGCCACAGGAACGACCCACCUUCACUGAGCUGGUGGAAAGGCUGGGUGACCUGCUGCAGGCCAGUGUGCAACAGGAGGGGAAACACUACAUACCCAUAAACACAGCUCUGCUAGCCAAGGUGGGAGAUCCGCCCUCAACUGCACCAUCAGAGGAGACGCCGACACGACCUAUCUCCCAGCGUGACUCAGGGAACUCCUGGAACAUCAAGAUCCGUCCUGCUAGUGUGAAAACCUUCGACGAAGUAACCAUGGGAUGCGGGACGAAUGAGAGCCACGAUGGCAGUCAGUCGGACAGUGGGAUGGGCCUCUCUUCUGACAACAUGAAGACUCUGAAGCGCCUGGAGUCGCUUGCAGGCCGACCUCUGAGCAUCAUGGCUCUGGCGAUGAAAGCGGUGAGUAAGAGUAAAGAGUCUGUGCUGAGUGACACAGAGAAGGAGAAGUACCCCCCCACAGUCCCUAACCUGGACUUCAGUCUUGAUGACUCAACGCUGGACGACUCGGCCCUGGAGUGCCACAGCCCGCCACCUGACUACAACUAUGUAGUGCGCUACUCCACCCCACCUGUGUAACCUACAACUGCAGGCCUUUACUUUGUUCCCUCCUCUAGUUUUGACUCUUAUCUCUGGACUGUAAUGUAGCAAAGUCUGAAAGGAAACACACGAGAUAUCCUCUUAGAAGUGUUCAAACCGCUCGACUGUUACUUCUGCAUCUCCCAACUUCCAGGACGUUUUCUCUCCCACAAAAGGAAACCUGCAGUCUGUUGAUUUCUCUCCAGCUUCUAGACGUAGGUUGAUCUUAAUGCUGCUGGUCCCUCCAACAUUCACUGUGAUGUAUCAAACAGGUGAAAACUGGCUCAGGUAUCUCUUUCAACUGUGAAAAACAAGACACAAUGAUCCCCAAUGAACUGCAGAACUGAACAAACUCCAUCCUCUGAGGUGAAGAAUUACAUUCAAUACAAAAAAAGAAGAAUUGCUCAUGCUUUAUGUGUUUUAGUGGAAUAGAAAAGUGAACAUUUGAAAGUAUUUUUGGGGGAAAGAGAAACUGUUUGUCUGUUGUGGCUCUUAUGACGGUUAUAGUUAUGCCAAAAAAUGAAUUUUGCUGAAACCGCUCGACUGUUACUGUUAAAAAUUGAGAAAGCUAAAAAGCAGCAUUGAUUUAUUAUGUAAAGCUUCUUAAUUGAGGUGCUCCAGUAUUAAAAUGAUCAGCUUGAAUCACUCAGGUUGACCCUGAGUGAGGGAGGAAAACACUGUCAUGUAGAGGUGGAUGUGUGCUCAAGUUCUCCAGGUUUGAACAAAUCACAGAUUAAUGAAGGUUUAUGGAGGACACAGAUUGGAGCUGCAAUAAAGACCAGACAAGGUUGAAUUUAACAUCACAACUCAGCCGUGAAACCAUUUGAAUGAAGAGUCACUAUGCGAGGAUUCCUCCUCCUCCUCAUGGUGAAGCUUUAACAUGGGCUUAUUUUGUUCUGAAUUGAGAAGAGGGUUAGAUUUGUGUGUUUUGUUUAAAAAUUGAGUUAGAAACAUGAGAUUAGAAAGUCAUAGGAACAGUUUAAUCACAAAGCACUAGUGACAAAUAUGUAUUUAUUUAGACUUUAAACACUGCCAGUAAUUAAUCCAUUUUAUUUUGAUUUGUAUUUGUAAAUUAACCAAAAGGUCUUCCAGCUCAGUCUUCCUGGUAUCCACAAGGACUGUCACCAUGUUUCACUCCACAUGUGCGUGCUGUUUGUGCUGCUGUAUUCACUUCUGGUAAAGCUGGGGGAUCAUGCUCCUGCAGGAACAUGUAUGCAGAGUGUUAGUAAAGCUUGCAGGGCAGGCUUGGAAAACAAACAAAAAACCUCUUCAUGUGUUUGAAGUUAGCAUCAAUUUGCUCUGGUUCACCGUUUUAAUGUUUGAACAUGCAAAACCUCCUGUUCUGACAGCAUUGUAUUUGUUUUCUGAUGUACUGAAAGUUCUGUGGACCAAACCUUUAUCUACACACCUUGUAGAAACCACUGAAGAAGACAAAGAAGAGUGUUUGUGAACUACAGUGUUAAGUGGACUUUUUGAACCCCUGUGUGUUUCCAAAGGAUGUUUUAUUUUUGACCAAUUUGUAUUGUCAAUGUUGAAAAGAAGUGAUUAUGCACUGAUACUUUAUAUCAAGUAUAAUUUUGUAUUCUAAAGGUAUAUUAUUGUAAACAGUGUUGAGGGUCACGUUACAAAGAUUUUUUGAUGUGUUUUUAUUUAACUUUUAAUAGUAGUAUAUAAUAGGACAUUAACAUUUGCAGCAUUUGUUGUAUUAUUUUUGUCAUGUUUCAUAUCCUGAGUAUGUUCCUCAAUUUCAAGGUAACUGCUUCACAAUAGUCAAAUAAGGCAAUGUACUGUAUUUACAUUUUAUUACAUUUCUUCAAACGUAACCACGACUAAUUCAACCUGCAGCAGCUCAAACCAUCGUAUCUUCUUCUGUUUUGUUUAGUAGUGUAACAGGUUAGUUUAAUGGAAGAUCCCCAACACUGUAAACUGAGCAUAUGAAGUUCAUAAAUGAAUAAAGAUCUAUAUAUUUAUACAUUA